AUGGAGCUGUUCUAUCAUCCUGCUUCACCGUACUGCCGCUCGGUGAUGAUGGUGGCAAAAGCGCUUAAUCUGCAGGUGAAAGAGCGCCCGAUCGACCUCAGCAAAGAUGAACAGCUGCAUCCGAGCUUUGUGGCCAUAAACCCGUUUCACUGCGUCCCGACGCUGGUUGACAACGAUCUGACACUUUGGGAAUCACGCGCCAUCUUGGUGUACCUCGUGGACAAAUAUGGGCGCACCAACAGUCGGCUCUACCCAAAAGACCCCAAGACUCGAGCCAUCAUCAACCAGCGGUUGUUUUUCGAUCAUCAAACGCUCGCAGCACGGCUCGAAGAUUAUUACUACAAGAUGUACUUCGAAGGAGCGCCACCAGGGGGCGCUAAACUAGAACAGCUCGAGGAAGCGCUCAGUCUGCUGAACGGGUUUCUCAUUGCAAACGCGUACGCCGCUGGUCCGAACUUGACACUGGCCGAUUACUGUCUCGUCGUGACGGUGGCCUCACUGGAAGUCCUUCAGCAUGACCUUGGGAAGUAUCCGGCUGUAGUUGCUUGGCUUGAAGCGUGUAAAGGACUCAUCACCGAUUACCAGGCGAUCAACGAGGACGGUGUAAGGAUGUAUCGGGAGUACUUCGAAGCGGGCAAAGUCGAUACCACCGGAACAGCUUACGGCGUGUAA